AUGAAUCCUCGAAAUGUUUCGAAUAAGCCUUCCCCCACUUUCCUCAAUAUCCUCACUUUCCGCACUUUCCGCAUAUCCCACAUCCGCAACAUCUCCCGUAUUACCAGCAGCUGCCCGACUUCCAGCUCCACCCGAAUCAAAGGCCGGCGCCCAGAAAACCAGCCCCCAGGGCCUCAGCAUCGAUACCAGCGUCGCGAGCUCCUCCCCCAGGCUUCGCCUCAACACCCCCUACCCCCGCACCCCGGCAGGUCCCCAAAGCCUACCGCCCGACGGGGUCCCCCCGCGGCGACCACUACGGCCCUCCCGUCCUCAAAUCCCCGCGCCUUUGCCGUCCCCGUCCGCUACUACGAGCCGGCGAAGAAGCAAUGCGGCUUCCACUGCGGUAACGCUCGAAUCGCGGGCUCGUCCUACUGCAGGCAGGACACGUGCCGCAGCGAAGACUGCGUCAGGCCGGCGCGGGCCUGGGGCGGAUACUGCGAGGACCACGGGAAGAAGGCCCCGCAAAAGGCUACGAACUGCCGUGGAAAGCCGGGCGGCAACCCGUCGGCGGAUGACGGUGUGGACGCAGCCGCCGCCGCUGCCGAGACUCCCAUCGUGAGCAAGGACCGCGUCAUCGCGCGGUUCUGCAAGGUGCACAUGUGCAAGAUUUGGGGUUGUGGCAAGCAGGGUAAAAAGGAGCUGACGGGGUAUUGCGCGGACCACUUUGAGGAUAUGUACAGCUACUGCUAA